UUCGGGUAUAUAAACACGAGACCAAGUCUAAGUUUUUCCCUGUACCAUCGGAAGUUCGGAACAACAAAUUAAAACACUCUCCUCAAUUCUUUCUUCUUCCUUUCUUCACAAACAGAGAGCCAGAGAGACUGAAUCAUCUUAAACAACACCAACAAAGGACAUAUUGAUCAAGUGAAAAUGGUGAAGAUUUGUUGUCUUGGGGCUGGUUAUGUCGGUGGCCCCACUAUGGCCGUCAUUGCAUUGAAAUGCCCAUCAAUUGAGGUGGUUGUGGUUGAUAUCUCUCAACCAAGAAUUGCAGCAUGGAACAGUGAUACGCUACCCAUUUAUGAACCAGGUCUUGACGAAGUUGUCAAGGAAUGUAGAGGAAGGAAUCUCUUUUUCAGCACUGACCUAGAGAAACACGUGUCAGAAGCCGACAUUAUCUUUGUUUCCGUCAACACCCCCACUAAAACUCGUGGUCUUGGAGCAGGAAAGGCUGCUGAUCUUACCUACUGGGAAAGUGCUGCUCGUAUGAUCGCUGAUGUAUCAAAAUCCGACAAAAUUGUUGUUGAGAAAUCAACUGUGCCUGUGAAAACUGCUGAAGCCAUUGAAAAGAUCCUGAUGCACAACAGCAAAGGCAUCAACUUCCAAAUCCUCUCAAACCCAGAAUUUCUCGCUGAGGGGACUGCAAUUAAAGAUCUCUUCAAUCCCGACCGUGUUCUUAUUGGAGGAAGGGAAACCCCAGCAGGACAAAAGGCUAUCCAAGCCUUGUCAGAUGUUUAUGCUCACUGGGUUCCCCAGGACAGAAUCAUAGCCACCAAUCUAUGGUCUGCCGAGCUAUCAAAGCUUGCUGCAAACGCCUUCCUGGCUCAAAGGAUCUCAUCUGUGAAUGCCAUGUCUGCUCUUUGUGAGGCAACUGGUGCCGAUGUUGCCGAGGUAGCUCAUGCAGUAGGGAAGGACACUAGAAUUGGGCCCAAGUUUUUGAAUGCCAGUGUUGGGUUUGGUGGGUCGUGUUUCCAGAAAGAUAUUCUCAAUCUUGUUUACAUUUGUGAGUGCAAUGGCCUUCCUGAGGUUGCAAACUACUGGAAACAGGUAAUCAAGAUCAACGAUUACCAGAAGAACAGGUUUGUUAACCGCGUGGUAUCCUCCAUGUUCAACACAGUUUCUGGAAAGAAGAUUGCUAUUCUUGGAUUUGCUUUCAAGAAAGACACAGGUGACACAAGAGAAACCCCAGCGAUUGACGUCUGCAAGGGUCUGUUGGGAGACAAGGCAAGAAUUAGCAUUUACGACCCACAGGUUACUGAAGAUCAAAUCCAGAGGGAUUUGUCGCUGAACAAGUUUGAAUGGGACCACCCAGUGCAUCUCCAGCCAAUGAGCCCAACCACUGUAAAGCAAGCAUCUGUUGUUUGGGAUGCUUACAGCGCUACAAAAGAUGCUCACGGUAUUUGCAUUCUGACUGAAUGGGACGAAUUCAGAAACCUUGAUUUCCAGAAGAUCUUUGAUAACAUGCAGAAACCCGCUUUUGUUUUCGAUGGAAGGAACAUCGUUGACGCAGAGAAGCUAAGGCAGAUUGGAUUCAUUGUGUACUCCAUCGGUAAGCCUCUGGAUUCAUGGCUCAAGGAUAUGCCUGCCGUGGCAUAAAUAAGUAAAACAAAAUGUGAGUAAAGCGUGGUGUGGCCAACUAGCUUAAAUUUGUGAGACAUUUAUUCUUUAAAAAAAUUUAUUCUCUCUUUUCUGCUGUUCUUUUCUGAAGACAUGUGCCUCUUAUAUUAUUGCUUUAGUUAGUAGUUCCUAUCUGUAAUCCCUACAAUAUUGAUGCAGUAGGAGGCUCUGUCUUCUUUUUUGUCUUUACAAUGUAUUCCAUUACUUCUUUACUGUCCCAGAUUAUGUUCUUUUGACCUGA